CGAGACCGGUAAUACAUAAUGUAAAUAUCCAACAAGAGAUUGGAUAUGAAAUCUGAUAAUGUUAAAUUUUGCGUAUAAAUAAGCGAGACGUAAAAACAGAUGGUUAGUUAUUUAAUUUUUCUGAUCCAAAAGAAAUACGAAACGUUCUCUGAUUUUUAUUCGUUUAACGCAGCAUAAUUUAUAUCUUUUGAAGAUAAUAAAGCGAAUAAAGAAAAAUCUCUCGCGUUUUGCAAAAGAUUUUAUACUUUGAAGCCGGAAACAGUGUUGGAAAUACCGAAAAGAUAUCAAAAUAUCAGGUGCAAAAUCUCAGUUGACUACGUACUACGUGCCUAUAUCGACUAGUCGAUAUCAGUAUAAAUUAAGGUGCCACCUCUUUGCGAAAUCAGUCGUACAAGUGCGCUUGAAGCAAAUAGACGGCUUAACGAAAGUGUAAACAAUUCUUCCUACGAUGGAGACGGUAGAGUCGACGAGCUGUUCCUUAAUUUACUGCACGACGGCAUUAGCGAUAUUCAUCGGCCUCUUCUAUGCAUAUGCCAAAUACAAGUUGUCUUACUGGAGCAGACGCGGAGUCAAAACUCCUCCCACGCACUUGAUCUUCGGUAACUUUAAAGACUCGCUUCUUUUCAAAAAAUCGCCCGCGGAAAUGAUGCGCGAAAUCUACGACAGUGCCGAUCCAGACGAUCCUUACAUCGGCUUUUACAUCUUUCACAAACCCAUGCUACUUUUGCGGGAUCAUGAUCUCAUCAAGCAGAUGAUGGCUAGACACUUCGAUAUUUUCCCGAAUCGACGAUUCGGUUCGUCAACUGGCACGGACAUAAUGGGUUUGCGUAAUCUCCUCGCUAUUAGAUCCCAGCCAAUUUGGAAAUAUUUGAGGGCCAAAUUAACUCCAGCUUUAACCGGACAGAGGUUGAAGGCCAUGAUGCCGCUAAUAAUGCAGUGCACGGAACCUUUGUUGACAUAUGUCGAUGGAUUACCAACAGAUAAGAAUGGUUGGAUGGAGCCUCAAGACAUGCUAGAAAUUUCAUCCCGUUAUAUCAAUAAUGUUCUCGCCUCUGUGAUAUAUGGUAUCGACGUGAAUUCAUUUGACGUUAACGAUAGCGGCUUUUUUGAAGCAGCUCUAAAAAUGUUCAGAGGUUUUAAACGUGCCAUGGUGACUAUCAUUUAUUUCUUUAUUCCUACACUGAUUCCUUUAAUCAAGCCGUUCUCUACAUGGCCUAUAAAUUAUUUCCGCAAAUGUUUUAAGGCGAGUAUGAAGUAUAGAGAACAAACAGGAAAUAAGAGAGGAGAUUUUGUAGACUUUCUGAUAAUGCUCAAGAAUGGAGAACAGAAUCCUCUGUUCAAAUUCGAAAGGGAGAACUUGCUGGCGCAAGCAGCUGCUUUUCACAUUGCUGGAUUCGAAUCGACUGGGACCUCGACUGCGUGGGCUAUUUACGAAUUGGCGCAUCAUCCGGAGUAUCAAAACACUUUGUACGAGGAAAUAAAGAAGUAUCUAUCAGGGAAAGAAAUAACUAUGGAAUUAAUUAACGAAAUGCCUUUCUUGGAUUGCGUUGUAAACGAAGCGUUGAGGUUGCAUCCUCCUAUACCAGUCGUCGACAGGAUAGCUGAAAAGGACUUUGAGGUGCCAGAGACUGGGUUAGUGAUUGAAAAAGGUGUUUCAAUAUAUGUAUCUGUAAAUGCAAUGUAUCAAGAUUCUAGAUACUUCAAUGAUUCGUGCAAUUUUGUUCCAUUGAGAGAGACAGAAAACAAGAAAUUCUACGAAUCACUGACAUUUGGUAUUGGACCACGAUCAUGUAUAGGACAAAGGCUGGCCUCAUUAUUGGCGAAAAUUACAUUAAUCAAUUUUGUCUUGAAUUACGAAAUAAGUUUAUCACAUAAAAAUGAGGAAAGUAAAAACGAAACCAGUAAAAUAAGCGUUCAUGUAUUUAAAUACGCGGUUGAUGGUCUCAAUGUGAGAUUCAAGAAACGUGAAUAA